AUGACGAACCCCAUUGAUUCGGCCAACCCCGUGGUGAAAUCAUCAUGCGCCACCUCAGACAACAAGGGAACCAAGAGAGAUACAUGCCAUCCGGAUUCAAAUGACGCCUCUCCAGCAGAGACCGUGGAGACUACGAAGCGCGUCAAGAGAGAGGAAGAUAUUCCCAGAGCCUAUCUCCUCAGCACCAUUGACGGCAUCAACAGAGCCCAAUACGAAGAGUGGGCCAAGAAGCCGCCGCUUGGUGACAAGGAAGGCGACAUAAUCGCUUUCGAUGAACUCGACUGGGUUUCUUGCCAAUAUCUGAAUCUUACUGACGCCGAGGCCGCUAUUGUCCGCCAGGAUCCUAUCAUAAGAUUCAUCGAGCGAAUUACUGAAGACGAUGGUGAGCUGCGCGUCAUCCCUCCGCAGGAAGAUUCGAGUUCACUACUUCCAAGUUCACUCCAUGUCAAAGCUCAGGCACUCAACCAGAGGGAUGAGAGUGCAGCUCAUCUCAAGUUGCUAUCAGCCAGGAACCAGAGAAAUGACCCCACACAGCUACCGAACUAUGUGUUCGAGCCUUCACUCGGAAAAGGUCAAACGAUCUACGUCCUCGAUAGUGGUUAUCGUAAGAGCCACCAAGAAUUCGAUGCUUCGGAGCGCGAGGUUCGAGACUUUACUGUUGCCAACCGAUACACAUUCGCUGGUAUUGACCUCACGGACGAUCAAAAAGGCCUAGAGGAUAUGACAGAUGUCACUGGUCACGGCACUCAGGUUGCAAGUAUUGCGGCUGGAUACGUCAGUGGCGUGGCUUCGAAAGCAAAUCUUGUCGUUGUGAAGAUGGUAAACUGGGCCAAAAACCCUAGGAAACCUGACCAACCUGAUCUUAUACCACGCGGCGUCACGGACUCAGCGCUAGAGUAUGCCUUCGCAUGGACGUUGAAGGACAUUGGGCAACAACGGCUUAAAAAUCCCGACCCUAACGCAAGGUAUAUCAUCAACCUAUCCUAUGGCUGGACCAAAGAACUACAUCCUGGUAAGAUUGCGGUAUUGGAGCUGGUACUUCAGAAGUGCAAGGACCAAGACGUCACCCUUGUUGUUGCUGCAGGUAAUGAUGGGAGAAUUCGCACUCUGGAUGCCAUCAUACCGCAAGCCUUUGGCACCGAUGACAGAUUCAGCAUGAUAACCGUGGGCGGCGUGGACAAUGCUGGUAAAUACUAUGCGAAAACGAUUCAAGGAACCGGCCAAGGUGGCCAGGUCGACAUUUACGCAGGCGCAGUCGGCGUCGUUGCUGCAAAGCAUGAUGAAGCAGAUGACUCCACCGUUACGGACGACGGAACAUCCCUCGCAGCCCCAGCGAUUGCCGGACUUGCUGCAUACUAUUUCAGUAUCCCUGCAUUAAACAGCAACUGGAACGACGGCAGCGUACCAGCAGACAUGAAGAAAUUCAUUCUGGACCAUGCGGAAAUCAGGAACAAUGACCCUUUCAAUGAAGGCGACACGUAUCCCGUAUCGCCGAAGCCCGAAAAGGAGAGCCUCAAAGUGCCAUACAACCUGGCCCAGAAUACACUUUGCGACCUCCCCGAUGCGGCAGCCAAGCGCUCCCUCUUCGCCAAGAGAGCUCCAACACCCGAGAAGUCGGUUCCAGGCCGCCCGAUCGUCGAGAACGGCGAGGUCACGAACGAAGAUCUGAAGAACGAAAUCUGCAACGUCCACAACCGUCCCACCCCAGACACCGAGCCCGAGCCAGCACCAGAAGCACCAGCACCACGCCCCAACACGGCGGCCUGCAAGGUUCUCCAAACGGGCUUCGGCGGGUCCUUCGAGGUCACAGGAUCUGGUUGGGGCGACGAAGCUUCGCUCAAGGGGAAGUUCGGCGAUCGUGCGUUCAAAUAUACGGGCGGGGAUUCUUUCACUGCUACAUUUGAGAGUGGUCUGAGUGUGGGUGAAGUAGAGACUGCUGUGAGGGAGAUGUCCGGGCUUGGCGACGUUACUUGUACUUAG